AUGGCCGCACAAGGACAAGGCGAACAGUAUUUUGCGACCGUAGCAGCGUUUUUGAAUGGCACGCUAUCACCUGACCAGAAACUCCGAAAGGAAGCCGAGGAACAGCUAUUCUCGGCAGAGAAACAACAGCCGAAUUUUUCAAUAGCUCUACUGAAAUUAGUCGCAAACGAAAACAUUGAUUUGCAGAUCCGCUUUGCAGCGGCUCUUUUUUUCAAAAAUUAUGUCAAGAGAAACUGGCUCGAGGAGAGCGAUCUACUUCCUGACGAUAUUCGGAUGACAAUUAAAGCGGAGAUUAUCGACAUCUUGGUUGCUAUACCCGACAGGAUAAGACCGCCACUUAGCGAUGCUGUAUCUCUGAUCAGCGAAAGUGAUUUCCCAGAGAAAUGGGAAACUCUUAUUCAGCAACUUGUGACGAAAUUGACUGUCAAAGAUUUCACACAAAAUAACGCGAUUUUAGAUACUGCACAUGCUAUAUUCAAGAGAUGGCGCCACGAAUUUCGUUCAGAUACGCUGUAUUCAAGCAUUAAUUUUGUACUUAGUCAAUUCUGUCAACCUUAUUAUGAAUUACUAAAGGCGACAGAUUCUCUAAUUGAAGUAAAUGCCAACAACAAACCAGUGCUUACAGUAUUAUUGCAAAGCUUGCUACUUGAAAUGAAAUUAUUUUACGACCUCAAUUACCAAGAUUUGCCGCCUUUCUUUGAGGAUAACAUGGCAGAUUGUAUGAAUUUACUUCACAAGUAUCUGACGUAUACAAACCCUUUGUUCGUAAAUAAGGAUGAUGACGAGGCCGGUCCUUUGGAGAGAAUAAAGGCAUCCAUAUGUGAAAUCGUUGCCUUAUAUACAGCAAAAUUCGAAGACGUUUUCACAAUGCUUCCAACGUUUGUAGAAACGAUAUGGACAUUGCUGACGACUACUGGAAUAUCGCCCAAAUAUGAUAUUCUUGUCAGUCAAGCUAUGGUCUUUUUGACUACGGUUGUCAAGUUGGAGCGAUACCGAUCGCUCUUUAAUCAACCAGAAACGCUGCGACAGUUUUGUGAAGCCAUAGUGCUGCCAAAUAUGACCUUAAGGAGUGUCGAUGAAGAGUUAUUUGAAAUGGAUCCAAUUGAAUACAUUCGAAGAGACAUUGAGGGAUCAGACAGUGAAACUCGUCGACGAGCGGCAACUGAUUUUGUCCGUGGCUUGAUGGUACUUUAUUUGGAACAGAUCACUCAAAUCAUUAAGACCUACGUGGAACAGUACCUCAAUACUUAUAACCAAAAUCCGGCAGUCAAUUGGAAAGAGAAGGAUACGGCAAUAUAUCUAUUGACAUCUAUUGCUGCGCAGGGAUCUGUGACGAAACAUGGCGUUACAGCCAUAAAUAUUUUUGUAAACGUUGUUGACUGGUAUGACCAACAUAUCUUACCCGAUCUUAAAACUCCAACUGACAGCGGUUCCGCUAUUCUAAAAGUUGACGCCUUAAAGUAUCUAUACACCUUUCGUAAUCAGAUGACUAAGGAGAAACUUCUCGAGGCCUUCCCUUAUCUGAUGCAACAUCUGCGAUCUUCUGGUUACGUUGUAUAUACUUAUGCUGCUAUUACUAUAGAAAGAAUUUUAUUCAUGAGACGAGAUAAUGUUUUAGUAUUUAAUCAAAAUGAUAUUCGACCAUACACGCAUGAUCUUUUGAUUAUACUAUUUGGAUUGAUCGAAUCUGCUCCUACCCCGGCGACACUAGCAGAGAAUGACUACUUAAUGAAAGCCGUGAUGCGUGUGCUGUUUACUAGUCGUGAAGAAAUAUCUCCGUAUGUGGGAGAUAUAAUUGAUCAUUUGAACAAAAUACUAAUUGUGAUAAGCAAGAAUCCGAGCAACCCCCAAUUUAAUCAUUAUACAUUCGAGGCUAUUGGCGCUUUGGUGAGGUUCUGUUGCGUUAAUUCACAAGAGAUAUUAAGUCAUAUAGAAGGCGUACUCUUCCCCUCAUUUCAAACCAUUUUACAGCAAGAUGUAACGGAGUUUGUGCCUUAUGUUUUUCAAUUGCUAUCUUCAUUACUCGAAUGUCAUGUUGGACAAGAACUGCCAGAGAUGUAUCAAGCUAUCCUGCCGGCAUUGCUAAAGUCCAACUUGUGGGAAACUCAAGGCAACGUGCCUGCGCUAGUACGUUUACUCCAAGCCUAUCUUCAUAGAUCAACAACAAGUAUCAUUGUCAAUAAUCAACUUGAAGCAAUCCUCGGUAUCUUUCAAAAACUUCUUGCUUCCAAGUUGAACGAUCAACUUGGACUUGAGCUUGUCUCUUCAGUCAUUCAAUAUGUGCCCACGGAGACUUUGAAUCACUAUAUUGGACCUAUAUUUAUUCUUAUAUUAAAGAAAUUACAAAGUACAAAGCAGGAUAAGUUUCUAAUUGUAUUUGUUAAGUUUAUAUUUUGCUUUUUUGCAAUCGAUAAGGAGGGAGCUGGACCAGAUUAUAUAAUCCAAGUCAUUGAUAGCAUCCAGCCAAGUUUAUUCAUGGGGCUCCUCAACGGGCCCAUUAUGCAGAAUUUGCAAAAGGUCCAAGGAAGAAUCGAACGCAAGAUUUGUGCUGUGGGAAUGACACGUCUUUUGACCAAGUCUGAGAAAGUUAUGGGCAGCGAAUAUGCUGAAGUCUGGCCUACUCUUCUAGGCAUGCUUGUGCGAUUCUUUGAGGCACCAACGGAGGUUGAGACACAUGCAGAUGCCGAGGAUAGUCUAUACGAAUUUGACCUCAUCGAGGAUCGAGAAUUUAAGGCACAGUUUGCCAAGCUAAAUUCAACGUCUCGCUUGAAUAACGACCCAGUGGAGAACGUUGUCGAUCCGCGAGUAUUCUUAGCGCAAUCGCUUGUAGAGGCAAACUCGCAAUAUUCUGGGACGGUAUUCAGAUUGAUAUCGGAGAAAGAGCCUCGCGAGUGUGUUGACUAUAUCAACGAAUAUAUGAAACUUGCCGGAUUUGGAAGUCUAAUGUGA